GAGUGGAACCCGGGUUCGUAUAAGUAUAUGUGCCCACGUACGGUUCCGAGGUGACAACUUGAGGUAGGAAGAGAAGGUGAGCAGAGCUCGUUCGUACUCGGACAUGGCAGCAGUAGUUACGACUUAGGACGCGCGCGCGAGAAGGGGAGUUCGAUCAGCUGUAGUAGCUGUAGCGACAGCAUGGAAGGCGCGGGCGACUUCACCUUCGCCGUGGCCGCGCCUCUGGCCGGCGUCGGCGGCCGACGGCUAGGCGCCGGCCUGCUGUACCCGGUCUUCGGCCAGCCGCGGUCACCGCCGCGCCAUCGUGCUCUGGAGACGGAGACAACGGCGGCCACCGCGCGCGUGCCGCUCGGGCGGCUUCUGCUCGUGGACGCCUUACGAGCAGGAGCGGAGCAGCGGCCGGACGGCGGGGACUACAACUACAAGCCGGUAAAGACGUGCUCCUGUUCGUGGUGUCCCGGGUUGCCGUCGGCGCCGGCGACAGCGUCAUCCCCGGCGCGCUGCCGGAAGAGCGGCUCCACGGGGUCGGUCCUGCGGUGGAGCCAGCGGCUGCUCGGCCGGAGCCACAGCGACGGCAAGGAGAAGUUCGUGUUCCUGGACGUCAGCCCUUCCAACUCCGGCUCCAAGCGCAAGGGGGCCAGGAGCUGCGGCAGGGAUGGUGCCGGCGGCCACGCGCACGUCUGGAGCUCUUACGCGCACAAGGGCAUGGGCAUCAAUGACGGGCGCCGGAGGUCGUUCCUCCCGUACAGGCAGGACCUCGUCGGGCUCUUCGCCAGCGCCACCGCGUUCCGCCGGAGCUACCAUCCGUUCUGACGAUCGACGUGCUGGAUCCGUACGUAGAUCAUCUGAUCUGCAUGCUAUUGUUUGAGCUUGUACUUUGCUUGCUUGCUUGCUUGUUAUUUUGUCAUCAGUUUGUAUUGGUAACCGGAGCGUGUAAAGUCAAUUUCAUAUAUGGAGUAUGUUCCUUUGAACUUUA